UUGGGGUGGGGGAGCGUAACCAACAAGUGUCGUGUGUCGCAGCCGCUGCAGAAACGGCAGAGAACCGUGGAGGAUUUCAACCAGUUCUGCACCUUCGUUUUGGCUUACGCGGGAUACAUCCCCUACCCUGAGGAGAACGAGCCCUGGACCCACGGCGGCAGCAUGAGCCCCCAGAACAGCACGGGGAGCACUCAGGACAGCGAUAGCUGGGCCUCCUCGCACUCCUCCGACUGCCAGCUCCUGGCGGACGACAGGAGGAGCAGGAACGCCGUGGCCAAGGGGGCUGUAGACAGCAGCCUGCUCGCGGACUGCCCUGCCUUCCCCGCCGGCUUCUAUGAUGUCCGGCCCCAGCAGACCAAGAGGAAGAAACCGCCAGUGAAGAAACUCGUUCUGGAACAGGAGGUGGAGAAGAAGGUGCCGCCGAGCGCUGGGAAAAGCUUGGUGCUGGACCAGGACCACGUGAAGGAGCCGGCUGCGCUGGAGGGACAGGUACCUCCCGUGAAAGAGCCGUUCUCAGAGCCCCCCGUCGACCCGGCCGGGGACCCCCAGCCCAGCGCCCCUCUGGAGGAGCCUCUGAAGGAGGAGAAGGACUGGCUGCACGGAGCGCAGGGGGCAGAGAAGCCAGCAGGAGACGAUCCGCAGCUAAAGGAGCACGACCAGUGCUCCGGAGGGAGGAAGAGCCCCAGUUCUUGUAGUACCUUGGACCAAAGCGAAGGGGAAGAUACAAGCAGAGGGAGCUCUCAGCUUAGUGCAGUUGAAUUCUCAGCGGCUCCCAACACCAAAGCAGAAGACGACGACGCCUGGGAUCUGAUCACCUGCUUCUGCCUGAAGCCCUUCGCGGGGAGGCCCAUGAUCGAAUGCAACGAGUGUGCCACCUGGAUCCACCUCUCUUGUGCCAAGAUCCGCAAAUCCAACGUGCCUGAGGUUUUCAUCUGCCAGCGAUGCCGCGACGCCAAGCAGGAGAUCCGCCGCUCGAACCGAGCUCGGACGGUGCCCCGCAAGCGGUUCUGUGACUGAGGCUCUUCCAGAGCAGGGAGGCUGGGGGCCCCUUUUUAAACCGAAGGCUGUAGCUCAGUCUGGCUAGACAAUCAAUGCACAGUAAUGGCAGGGGAAGGGCUGGGCCGCGGUGCUGGGCUGUCCCCCUCGCUCUUCUGUCUCCUGGGAGCUGCCGCCCUCCCUGGGGGUCGCAUUGACCACGGAGCUCGGUUACCCCAGAGGUGUGGGGGGAGAAGAGCCAUGCACUAGGUCGCUCAGAAACAUCUCUGUCCUUGCACAAACCUGGCUCAGUGCCUUUCCCCCAGGCCAGCCGAGGAGAACCUAGUCCAAAUAGUUUCCCUGUGGUGUGGUGGAAGCUUACACUUACCCCGAGAUGUGACUCCCCUUCCUCCUUUUUCCUCACCGUUGUCCUUGCCUUGGACCUCGGGGUGGGCUGCGAUGGCAAAGCCCCAGUGACCCAAGUCCUCUUCCAGCACACAGACGCAGCCCAGACAGGCUUCUUCCAUGCAGGGUGCUCUCUGGGAUGGGAGGGAAGGAACAUUGCUCCUGCCAACACCUGAAGCAGACUGGGCUGCUCUUUCCCAGGGAUUUGGUGUCCCACCUCUGGCUCAUCAGCCUUGUAGGCUGCGCAGGGACGCCCUGCCCCUGUCUGGUGGUGCUCCUGAUUUUGGUUGCUGUGCACAAGGCCCCGAGAUAGUCCGAGUAGAUUGUUAGACAAGUUGUUCUUGCUGAGGAGCCCUCCUUGGUUCCGAUUCUCCAGU